AAGGACCCAGAGAGGGUGGAGGAUUUAUCUUCCUCCCCUACAGAGCUCUAUCAGACAUUUCCAGUUCAGUGUGCCCAGACCUCAGGCAUUUUCCCCCUGCACUCGCUUCCCUCCUUCUGCAUCCUGUCAAAGGAUGCUCCAUCUUUUCAGUUGCUCAGGCCAGAAGCUUUGGUCAUCCUGGGUCCUUCUCUCUCAUACAUACCCACAUCCACUCCAUCAGCAAGCUCUACUUCCAAAACCUUCCAGAAUCUCCCUAGUGCCCACACCCUGGUCCACCUGUCACCUCCCACCUGGACAAUGGUAGCAGCCUCCCUGGUUUCUCUGACCCUCCCCCCAGUUGGUCCCUGAAGGCAGUCACAGGGACCCGCCACCUCUCACCCUCCCACACACACAACACAGGAAGCAGGUGGCUUUGUCACCAGCAGGGUGACAUCCGCUAUUGCUGCCAGUCUACUCCCCCACUGUUCCUCAGGACUUCUCUGGACCAAAGCCCUUUGCCAGACCCCUUCCAGCCCUCAGCCCACCAUGGCUUCUCCAGACAACGUCCUGUUCCUGCUUUUGCUCCCAGUGGCUGCAGCUCAGAUAACCGCAGGUUCCUGUUCUGGGUGUGGACCCCUCUCCCUGCCGCUCCUGGCAGGCCUCGUGGCCGCCGAUGCGGUGGUGUCGCUGCUAAUCGUGGCGGUCGUAUUUGUGUGUAUGCGUCCCCGGAGCAGGCCCACCCAAGAUGGCAAAAUCUACAUUAACAUGCCUGCCAGAGGCUGAGCCCCCUGUAACUGCGACCUUUGACUUCUGACCCUCUCAUCCCGGAUUGUGUGUGAUGGCACAGGAAACCCACUCCCAGCUUUGGGUUGCUUUGGAAUAAAGCAAUUGGAAUACA